AUGAAGCUGUCCAUCACAUUUGACCUCUUCCAGUUUGCCUACCGGCCAAACCGCUCCACUGAGGAUGCCAUCUCCUCUGCUCUUCACCUGAGCCGUGCAUAUCUGGAGGAGAAAAACACUCAUAUAAAGAUGCUGUUCCUGGACUUCAGUUCGUCAUUUAGCACCAUAAUUCCGCAGCAUCUGCACAGGAUCCCCCCUCAAGGAUGUUUACUGAGCCCCGUGCUGUUCACCUUGAUGACUCACGACUGUGUCCCUAAGUCUGCCACCAACUACAUCGUGAAGUACGCGGACGACACUACAGUGGUGGGCCUCAUCAAGGAUGACAAUGACUUGGCAUAUAGAGAGGAAGUCGAGCUUAUCCCAGCUUGGAUAAUGGAGGUGGAGACCUGCAGGCAGCGGGUGUUAAAGCUGCUGGUCAUCCUGCUCUGCUUCAUGGCUCUCCCAAUCUUGGCCAUCGAUACCGCAUCCCCAUCCCCCCAUGGUUCUGCCCCUUUCAAUUCCAGACUGGAGUCUACCUCUGGUGAAAGCUCGGGGGAUCCAUGUCAUGCUGGCUCAUAUAUUCAGUUCUAUGAUGGUCGGGACAGACGCUCACCUCCCUUGGGGCCUCCUCUUUGUGGGAAGAGCCUACCUCGACCAGUGCUGUCCACAGGAAACUACUUGACCCUGAGGCUUGUGACCAGGGGGACUCAACCUCGAGUCGACUUUGUGGGGGACUUCACCUCCUUCAGGCUAGGUUUCAACCAGUCGGAUUGCAGCAAUGAGCCUUACUUCAAGUGCAGGAAUGGGAAGUGCAUCCCUCUCAGUUUAGUGUGUGAUGAGAAAGGUAUUGAUAACUGUGGGGAUGGAAGCGAUCUGGAGGAAAACCUUAUCACAAGAUGCCAAGGUGGUCAACUUUUGCCUCCUGAACCUCCAUCAGCAAUAGCAACCUCACCCCAUCCCUUUGUGAGUCCACCCACUGUGCCUUUUCUGGCAUGUAUUAACUCUGGUGCAUCGAAUGGUCCUCCCAGUCCCGAGUCAGUAACAGACUCUCCUGCUUCCUUGUCCCUGCUGGCUCUCUAUAUCAUCCUGGGUGUGGUGGUAGGUGGCAUAGUGCUCUGCUGGUGCUGCUGGUCACCUGGCUGGUUCCUGUGGCGAGUUAGCUUUUGUCGCUUCUUACCCUGCUGCAACUCAGCCUGUGCUUCAUGCCAGUUCUUUUCUCACAGCUGCAUCCACAACAAGGAGCAUCGACUGGCAAAAGUCACUCCACACACACCUGCCAGUGGGACGCCAACGGGCACUGCAGUGGCCACCAAAACCUCUGCUGAAACUGUUACCACAGAAGCUGUAUAA